AUGCCAUCUACUCCUAGAUUCCAACCUUCAACCUCGUACCAAACCCAGCCGAAAUAUACUUUCGAGGAAUUAUAUAAUGCUGAAAUGAAUGAACCCGUUUCUGACCAAUCAUACCAGUAUUAUUCCAGUGAUUUCGAGAACAAUUACAAUGACACGGAGACUCAAUACUACUAUAGUACUGAAGAAAACCCUUCUUCCGAUUAUUAUAAUUACCCAGUAAAUUUUACCAACGAAUCUUUGGCACCAAUACCGACCUAUGAUAAUGCCAAAUACCAAUACCAAUGGAACUGA